AUGGAUAAAGUAAGCGCCACAUCGGCUCGGUAUUACCACGUAGGCGCCAUUGUCAGCUCGGUAUUGCCACAUUUUCCCCCUCUCUCUCUCCGGAACCUUCCCCUUCCCCCUUCCCCCUUGCCCUUUCCGUCAACUUCCCCACCGCCGCCAUUCUCCGUCACCGCCGCCCCCUCCCCCUUCUCUCUCUCUCAACCGCUGACUCUCCAGAGCUCUUCCGCUUCGUCGUCGUCUUCCUCCUCCUCAUCCUCCAGCGGCUCCUCCUCCGCGGCAUCUUCUUCGUCCUCCUCCUCGGCCAGCAGCAGCGCCGACGAAGAUGAAGAAAACGACGCCAAUCGCGGCGAAGUGAGGUCCGGCCACACAGAUCCGCCGCCGCCUCAAGACUACAACCCCUAUUGUGCCGCCGCCGCCUCUCCUUCGUCGGUGGACUGUUCGGAGCCCCCACCGCCGCCGUUCUCCGUCUCCGCCGCCGCCUAUAAGGGUUCUUCAUUUGCAGAUCUUGAUUUAGGGUUUUCAUUCUCAUAUCUUGAUUUAGGGUUUUCAAGUCUCAAGUCUACAACCUCUGUUGCUUAA